AUGGAGAAGUAUGAAAAGAUUGGGAAAAUUGGAGAAGGAUCUUAUGGAGUUGUUUUCAAAUGCAGAAACAGGGACACAGGUCAGAUGGUGGCCAUCAAGAGGUUUCUGGAAUCAGAAGAUGACCCUGUCAUAAAGAAAAUCGCCCUUCGAGAAAUCCGCAUGCUCAAGCAACUCAAGCAUCCCAACCUUGUCAACCUCCUGGAAGUCUUCAGGAGGAAACGGAGGCUUCACCUGGUCUUUGAGUAUUGUGACCACACGGUUCUCCAUGAGUUGGACAGAUACCAAAGAGGGGUACCAGAACAUCUCGUGAAGAAAAUAACUUGGCAGACGUUGCAAGCUGUAAAUUUUUGCCACGAACACAAUUGCAUUCAUAGAGAUGUGAAGCCAGAAAAUAUCCUCAUUACAAAACAUUCAGUAAUUAAGCUUUGUGACUUUGGAUUUGCGCGGCUCUUGACUGGACCGAGUGAUUACUACACAGACUAUGUGGCUACCAGGUGGUACCGCUCCCCUGAACUGUUGGUGGGAGACACGCAGUACGGCCCCCCAGUAGAUGUUUGGGCAAUUGGCUGUGUCUUUGCUGAGCUGCUGUCAGGAUUGCCUCUGUGGCCAGGAAAAUCAGAUGUGGAUCAGCUCUAUCUGAUUAGGAAAACCUUGGGAGAUCUCAUUCCUAGGCAUCAGCAAGUAUUUAGCACGAAUCAGUACUUCAGUGGGGUGAAAAUUCCAGACCCUGAAGAUAUGGAACCACUUGAAUUAAAAUUUCCAAACAUCUCUUAUCCCGCCCUGGGGAUCUUAAAGGGCUGCCUCCACAUGGACCCUGCUGAGAGACUGACAUGUGAACAGCUAUUGCAGCAUCCAUAUUUUGAUAGCAUCAGACCAAUAGGGGAUUUGGCAAAAGAACAUGACAAACCAACAAGGAAAAGACAGAGCCGAAAGCACCUGCCUGGGGUAAAAAUGGUGCACUGCUUUACAGAAACAUCCAAGUUGCAGUACCUACCUCAGCUAACUAGCAGCAGCAUCCUUCCAGCGUUGGAUAAUAAGAAAUACUUCUGUAAUACCAAGAAACCUAACUACCGUUUUCCAAACAUUUAA